UGAGCAAAAGUGACACCUACUGGUGAAAAGAGUCCACUGCAGAGUCUUUAAUUCUGCAUUCUUGAAAUUGUUAUGAUCAAAGAAAUUACGUCUUUAUGAAAUAAAUUAAAGGCCACAAAAUACCACAACAUGUAGGCCUAUAUAUGAAAGAUUUAGAGGCGUGAGCUUGGACACAAUUUAGAUUAUGGGUCACUGAUUUAAUUUUAGACCAAGGACACCUGUCCUUGUCAAUACCAACAUGUUCAUAGUAAAGCCUCAACAGAGUUGAAAAAGAAAUGUUGGAGGAAAAAGUCAUACAAAUGGGUAGUUUCCGAGUUAUGUAAGCAACUACAAAGAUUCAUUUAGUCAUCUAUGAACAAUCUACUGGAAAGUAAAGCAGUUCCUCCUGCCACUCCAUCUGUCAAAGACUUGGUGAAGGUUUUGUAUGGAGGAAAAAGAUUUGGUAAUCAUGUGAAUGAAGUUUGGCCUAACCUAUUCAUUGGGGACAUGUCAGUGGCCAAUGAUCGCUACAGUCUGUGGAAGCUGGGAAUCACUCAUGUUCUGAAUGUAGCUCAUGGGAGCAUGCACUGUCAGGGGAGUCAUGGCUUCUAUGGCUCCACUGUGGAUUAUUAUGGAGUACCUGCAGAUGACUCACCGUACUUUGACCUCUCUCGCUACUUCUUUCCCUCUGCUGAGUAUAUUCAGAGUGCACUUGACAUGGCUGGUGCUCGAGUUUUUGUCCACUGUGCAGUUGGAGUGAGCAGGUCUGCCUCCCUCGUCCUAGCCUACCUAAUGAUCCACCAGCAUUACACCCUGCUAGAGGCUAUCAAUAAGGUCAAAGAGCACAGAUGGAUUUUCCCAAACAAAGGGUUUCUCAAACAGCUUCGUGCUUUGGAUAUGAAACUACGCAAGACAUCAUGAGUAAUCCUCUGCACCUCAAAAAUUGAUUUUUUUAAAAUUACUGAACCUCAAAAGCCCAUUUCCCUGCCAGUGGAGGGAGUUAAUGUACUUUUGACUUUAAUCAGUUUGUUUCAAGAAUGGUAUUGAAUCUAUUGACCCGGGUGCUGUGUUUAAUGUGAAUCAUGCUGCCUGUUCACAGGAUAUUGACUCUUAUAUAAGUAGGAAAUCAUUGCAAUCACCUUACCCUUAGAAUCCAUUUUAAGACUCAGAAUCCAUAAAAAAUACUCAUUUAAUCUUUGUUUUAUGUUGAAGGAAAUUUACAUCCACUGUGAUGUGUUGUGUAUUCACUUUAAAACAUGAACAUCAAUAGAUGGUUUAUAACACCGGAUAAUUUAGUUGUAAGCAGAGUUAAGUACAUUUUAAAUGUUGAAAUUUUGUGAUUUAUUCUUAAUUCUCAGAAAAAAAACCUUAUUUUGUUGCCUUCUCUAAACUUUCUUAGAUGUGUUGAGUUGCACUGGGGUAGAAUUUGUACUCAUGACCUCAAUAUUUAUAAAAUCAUUGCCACGACCCCACCAUCAGGUUCUUAAGACCAUGUAAAACCACUUAUCAGUGUAUGCAUGUUCAAUGGUCUUAUGUUGUGCACAAUUUUUAUUGACAAGGAUUUAACUGCCAAGACGAUCUCAGCUGCUUUUCGCACUGUUCACAUGCUGAGCAAAAUGUACAUUAACUGCAAAUGUCUUUUGUUUCCCUGCAUGUUACAGUGUCAGUAGUGUAGUGUAGUGUCAGUAUUGUCCUCUCAAUUUCUGUCUUGUGGUUCCAGUGGUAGACUGGAUUCCGGCUAAUUUUAUGUUAUGGAGUCAAAUGGUGGAAAACAUUUUACGGUUUCUGAGAACAUACAGUAGGUCUUUGAAACCUGACAAUCUGCCUUGGCAGGAAGUUGACUAUAUAACAUGAGAGUUUAGAUUCCAAUGGUCUCUUCUUACAUCUUGUAAAUCAGAUGGAGAGAAAGUGUGGAAUUUAUUGAAUAUUUCUAAUAAAUGCUUGGAUAACAGCUUGUCUAAUACACUGUGUAUGCACAGUAUCAACUGAGCCUCUUCACACACAGGAACACACACAAUUACACCUGCAUCUCACCAGAAUCACAUUCACCAGCAGGAAUAGAUUUUAUUUUUAUGUACAUAUCAGGUGGGAUUUGGUCCAACCACACAAACCACUGUAGAUACAUCAAUAAGCAGAUGCAGCAAUCAAUCAAUAAAUGUCUCCAGGUCAAAAUGACUGGAGACAUUUAUUGACUUUUUGUAUACAACAGCAGUAUUUUUUUUUU